GUCUACUUCAUUUAUGGCAGGGGAGUCAGGGGAGUUUGUUUAGAGUUUAGAGUGGUUGGAAUGUUUGAUGUUUCCGUUUCAUGUUUAACCCCUUUAUUAAUAGGUUAACUCCUAUAAUCUCUAAUAUUCAAAAAAUAUAUAAUAUCCAAUAGCUCCAAUAGUAUAGUUGCUACUAUUGGCGAGACUAAUUGUUCAAUUAAUUAAAAUUAAUUGUAUGUUAAGCUUUAAUUGUGUUUUCCGAAAUUUAAAUACUGCAUAUGUUUACAAACUUGAAAUACACAUUAUUGCUUUAUAAUUGAAUUGAGUGCAUUCAAUUAUUAUUUCGGUGCGUCAAUUUAUGUUGCUAUACUAGACAUGCAGCAACCUUGAUUAUAUUAUAUAUUUAAUAUGCUGUAAACAAAGGAGAUUUGUGUAAUAACAAUGGCAGAAUCAACGGAGUUCUUUACUGGGCCUCCACCCAUUUGGCCUGACAUUAAAUCAGAACUUCGGAAAUAUAUUGAAUGCCCUGAACGAUUACCCAUACAUCAGUUGGAUAGCACUCAGUGUUACUGGCCAUACAAAGCGGAUGUUCUUUCAUUGCUAGAAUUCGAUUUGGCUCCGGUUAAUACCACACUAAAAUUCGAUCGUGAUCCAAUAACAGGCAAGAUUGGCGAGAUACAAGAGAUCAACUUGCAAGGCGCAGGGGAAACGGCAAGGAAUUCUAUGUCUAUGACUCGUGCACCCGGGCUGCUUGCAGAUGGAGUUCGAGGUAAUCCUAGUAAUAUUCCAUUUUGGCCUGGCGGUUUCGAAGAACCUAAAGUGCCUAAGACUGAAUGCGUGGACGAUAUCGACUUUGAGAAGAAUCUAAGGACAUUGGCCAAAGGAUUUAGCUCAGGUUUAGAAUUUAAAAGUGACAAUUGCACACCCAUCAAUUGCACAAGAAACGAAACGGAAGCUUCGGAAGUACCUGAAGAAACUGAAAAAUUAAUACCUAAUAACGAUAACAUAAAUUUAAUGGCUGUUAUACACGAGGAGGGGAAUUUGCUCGGUUCGUGGUCUCCAGCUGAGGAGCCGAAAAAGGAGAGCGUACAAUCUCUGGACAGCAGCAUUCCCUCUGUCGACACUUCCAUUUUACCCAAUGAUACAAAUAUACCCGUCUUGAAAAUAUCCGAGAAGAAAGCGGAACUUACAAGGACAGAAUGGGCGGAGCAGCUGGAUGUGUCCGCGCCAGUAACUGACUUUGACAAGAAAAUACCUGACCCGGCAAUCGCAUUCAGCUAUGAACUGGACACUUUUCAGAAGCAAGCUAUUCUCAAAUUGGAAGAGAACAGCAACGUCUUCGUAGCCGCGCACACAUCAGCUGGGAAGACUACUGUUGCUGAAUAUGCCAUUGCAUUGAGUCAAAAGCAUAUGACGAGAGUGAUUUAUACGUCUCCCAUAAAAGCACUGUCAAAUCAGAAAUAUCGUGAUUUUAAGAGAAAAUUUGAUAGUGUUGGGUUAUUGACUGGUGAUUUGCAAAUAAAUCAAACUGCCUCAUGUCUAAUCAUGACAACAGAGAUCCUACAGUCAAUGUUGUAUUGCGCAUCCGAUGUCUUACGAGAUCUUGAAUUUGUCAUAUUCGAUGAAGUGCAUUAUAUAAAUAAUGAAGAUAGGGGUCACGUAUGGGAGGAAAUAGUCAUUCUUUUGCCACAGAAUAUUAAUAUAGUGAUGUUAUCUGCGACCGUGCCAAAUCCAAUAAUAUUCGCGGAUUGGGUCGGUCGCAUCAAGAAGCGAAAAAUGUAUGUAAUUAGCACGUUGAAGAGACCAAUACCUCUUUUACAUUACUUGUAUACUGGCACUGACGGUAAGACUAAGGAUGACAAAUUCUUGGUUCUUGAUAGUAACGGCCAAUUUUUAUUGGAUGGAUGGUACAAAGCGACAAAUGCGUCUGACAAGAAGAAAGACAAAACCCCGAAGGACUCUAGGAGAAAAAUUCAAAUGACACCGAAGCAAGAAGAAGUAUUGUGGAGAGCAUUUGUGAGCCACCUUCAAAAUAAUGAUAUGUUACCCGUCGUCGUAUUUACUCUAUCGAGGAAGCGCUGUGAUAUGAACGCUGCCACGUUGAGAAAUCUCGAUUUAACGACCGCGAGAGAGAAGCAUCAGGUGCACAUAUUUUUCCAGCAUAACAUAAAACACCUGAAGGGUAGCGACAGAGAAUUGCCGCAAGUACUUAUGAUGCAAGAGCUCCUGGAGAAGGGCGUGGGUAUACACCACAGUGGGAUAUUGCCAAUUUUGAGAGAGAUCGUAGAAAUGUUAUUUCAAAAUGGAGUUGUCAAGUUACUAUUCGCAACGGAAACUUUUGCCAUGGGAGUCAACAUGCCGGCGCGCACGGUGGUGUUCGAUUCCAUACGAAAGUACGACGGGAACAACUUUCGCACUCUGUUCCCGACCGAGUACAUACAGAUGGCCGGCCGCGCCGGACGGCGGGGUCACGACACCACCGGUACUGUUAUAGUGAUGUGCCGACACGACGUGCCGCACUUCAACGACUUGAAACCGAUGAUGUGCGGCGAGCCGCAAACGUUGGAGUCGAAGUUCAAAGUCACGUAUUCCAUGCUUCUGAAUUUGAGAAGGGUGAACGAGUCCGUUACCGUUGAGGCGAUGAUGCGCAAAUCGUUCAAGGAAUCGCCUCUGGCCUCGCAGGAAGUGACGUACAACAACGAGCUACGGAAAAUCGAGCGCGAACUAUCGAACUUGCCGCCUUUGACCGAAAUGCAAAGGAAGCUCUCGAUGUUCUAUCAACAGGCGGUCGAUUAUCUGGAGGACGUCAAGUUCCUGAGCUCUUAUAUACUCGACUCGAAGAAGGCAGCGAAGAGUUUAACCGAGGGCAGAGUCCUAUUGAUAUCGUACGCGAAUCAUUACAAUAAACUGGCCAUGUUGCUGCAAGUUCUGUAUCACAAGAGCUCCACUCAGUACAAAGUCUUGGUACUUAAGGACGCGUCCACUUCCGGAACGGCUGAUUGCGAGUUCAAAAGUCCUCAGAUAUUCGAGAAAUGGUGCGAGAUUAUCGGCCUGACGAAGAAAGAGAUAUUUGUACCAAGCGUCAAUCCGUCGCACGAAGUUGUGACUCUGUCUCCAUGGCAUAUAUUGAAGAUAACUAAUCAUCAGAUAAAAAUUGACUGCUCUUUGGUGCUGAACGAUUGGGAAAAGAGGCAAAUCUCACGAUUCAAAAACGAUCCACCGGGACAAACGUGUCAGACAGCGGUUCAAGAAUUGAUGUCUUUAUCAUUUAACGCUUCUACCAACGCUAAGAUUCUACAACCGUACAUCGAGCCCUCAUUGAAAAAUGAUUUUCAGUUGAGGAUACAACAUAGAAACAAAUUAAAAGCCAAUCUGAAGGACAUGAAGUGCAUGGAGAUACCAAAUUUUGAAGAGCAAUUUAAACCCGUGUUCGAACGAAAUCAACUUGAAGAUAAAAAGCGGCAGCUGCAGCUUAAACUCAGCGACGAGGGGAUGGCGUUGUAUCCGGAUUAUAUGAAUAUGGUGGCACUCCUCAAACAUUUUAGAUACAUAGAUAACGACGAAAGAGUCGCCCUCAAAGGAAGAGUCGCGCUGCAAAUGGGUAGUAACGAGCUACUGAUAACAGAAUUGAUUCUCAAAAAUGUGUUAACUGUCUUACAACCGGCAGAAAUAGCAGCUUUGCUAUCAGCAUUGAUCUUCCAGCAACGCACGGAAUACCAGCCUCAACUCACGCCAAAUCUUACUAACGCUUGCAAGAUAAUGAGCGACGUGCAUGCGGAAUUGGAACAGCUAGAGCAAUACUAUCAACUGUCGACAUUGCAGCCGUUGAAUUUCGGCUUGGUGGAGGUUGUCUACGAAUGGGCGCAGGCCAAGUCGUUCGCCGAGAUUAUGAAGAUGACGGAUGUCCAAGAGGGAAUUAUAGUCCGUUGCAUACAGCAACUCGGUGAAACAUUGCGCGAUGUUAAAAAUGCGGCUGUGACCAUAGGUGAUCCGAUUUUGAAAGAGAAAAUGGAGGAAGCCUCGACCGCGAUCAAGCGCGACAUAGUUUUCGCAGCAUCCUUAUACACCCAAGACUGAAUGAGUUAUUUAACUCUCGAUACUAUCGACAAAAUCGAUGUAUUUUUUUAUAUAAAAAAAAACCAACCAA